AUGACCAAGAUCGCCCUCUCUCUGGCGCUUGUGUCGGCCGUCCUGGCCGGCAGCGUCUCCGCUCAGUCGCCCAGCGGCACUCGCGGCAGCGGUCCUGACCCGCGUGCGACCACCGACUUGAACCGCAACCAGCCCACCAAGUCGUGGACGCAAUGGCAGCCCAAAGCCACCUAUCCCUUCUCGCAGCUUCCUGACCAGUACAUGGGUGCUAACCGCAUCCCUGCAGGUGAAGGUGGUGUUCCCGGUGGCGAGCCGCAAUCUGGCUACAACACCUGCGCCCGAAACACCUGGAACCAGGACUCCAGGUGCCAGACGGCGUGGAUCAACUCGCUGGAAGACUUCUGUAUCUGGGGUCCUGCCGAGUUCGGUACUGUUGGUGAAAAGGAGCGAUCAGGUGUUGCCUACUGCACAAGCGACCGACACGGCACGCGUCUCAUCCCUGAUGGAUCGAUUCAGGGUGCUCACUUUGUCCGCACUCGCGACUACGUCCAGGUGACCGGUGUCGGCGACUUCACCACCAUCCUCAUCCCCGAUGGUGACGAUGGAGGAGAGUUCGACCCUCACGGAGCUGACGAUCUCGGCAACCCCAUCGGUGGUAUCCUCUACACCACCGCCAACCCGGCCACCAACGGCGAACCGUACUUCGUCUCGGAGUGGACCAACUUUAUGUCGUACAACCAGUUCUGCAUGCGCGCAUGUUGGGGCGAGCGCGCGGCGGCACAGUGCGAGCACAUCUACGACGUCAUGGGUUGUCGCUGGAACCUUCCUGCCAACUACGAUCCGGAUGUGUUCGAGACGUGCGAGGGCGAGAUCGCGCAGCUGCAGGGUAUCUAUGGUAGCUCGACGUUCCGACAGGGAGAUCCCGUUACGCCAUCUGCCCACCCGGCACCGGCUUCCAGCCAGUGCUCGACGGUGAGGAGCAUCAGCCACGGCCUGCUGCUCGCUGGUCAGUCGCAGAGCUCCUCCACCUCGAGCGCGUCGUCGAGCACCAGCACCAGCGCGGUCUCGUCGGCCGCGGCAUCGUCCAUGUCGCGUGUCACCGGCGGCUCUUCUGCCCCAGCUGCGACCGGAAGCACCGGCAGCAGCGGAAGCACCUCCCAGAACAACGCCGCUAGCAGCGCCACCUCCAUGACCGUCUCCUUCACGCUCGCUGGUCUCUUCGCCAUCGGCGCCGCCGCUUUCGUCCUCUAA